AUGACCAUGCAGUCACUCGAGCGCCCAUCCCAAGGCUGGCGAUGCCAACAAUGUGGACUCCCUGGAGUUCGCGUCUCCGAUAAUUCCUCCAGCCGCGCAUACUUCAAGUGCGUCCCUUGCAACCGCUCUCUGGGCCUUUGCCCCUGCACUACACCCGGGGCCAGGACGACUUCUACAUGCCCAUGUGGUGCAGCUGCUGAACGCAGAGGUUCCGAGUCAUCGGGUGACGAGGACGAAGUGCCUCGCGGCGUCUCCAUGAUCUCGAUGGGGAGGAAGAACAGCCUCAACCCACACAACCCGGACGAAGGCUUCGACGAGGACUGGGAGGCGAAUUGUAGCCCCGGUUUCAUGGUCAAGAGGUUUAAGGCUUCGGGCAGGGAGUUCCUUCCUCAUUGA